UUAGAAGACUAUACAAUCACAUAAUUAAACUCCUCAUAAAGAAAAUCAUACAUCAAGCAUGGAAACAAGCUUCUUCUACGCUCUUUUGUCUCUCCCAUUUCUUCUCAUCGCUUUCAAAUAUUUAUCAAACUCAAAAACAAAACUCCCACCAACACCAUUUCCCUCACUUCCUCUAUUAGGCCAUCUUCACCUCCUCAAAUUCCCCCUCCACCGCACCUUCCUCAGCCUCUCCCAGAAACACGGCCCCAUCUUCUCGCUCCGCCUCGGAACCCGCCUCGCGGUGGUCGUGUCGUCCCCGGCCAUCGCCGAGGAAUGCUUCACAAAAAACGACAUCGUUUUAGCCAAUAGGCCCCGCUUCAUCAUCGGCAAGUACAUCGGCUACAACUACACCUCCCUUGUCGGCGCCCCCUACGGCGACUACUGGCGCAACCUCCGGCGCCUCACCACCGUGGAGAUCUUCUCCUCCUCCCGCCUCAAUGCGUUCCAGUCGAUCAGGCACGACGAGGUGAGGCUCAUGCUGGAGAAGCUCUACAGGAAAUCGGGCCCGGACAAUUUUGCUAGAGUUGAGAUCAGAUCGUUGCUGUCGGAGCUGACCUUCAAUAAUAUAAUGAGGAUGGUGGCCGGGAAGCGAUAUUUCGGCGUGGACGAGGCCAACGACGGCGAGGAGGCGGAGAAUUUCCGGGAGCUUAUAAAAGAGGUUUUCUCUUACGGCGGAGUUUCGAACGUGGCGGAUUUCUUCCCGGUUUUGAGAUGGUUUGAUUACAAAGGCGUCGAGAAGAAUCUGGCGAGGAUUGCGGCGCAAAUGGAUGCUUCUCUGCAGGCGCUGGUUGAUGAGCAGCGGCGGCGGAACGACGGCAACACCAUGAUAAGUCACCUCCUUGCUCUGCAGGAUUCAGACCCGGAAUACUAUACCGAAGAGAUCAUCAAAUGCAUUAUUGUGAUGAUGCUGCUUGUUGGGACGGACACGUCAUCAGUGACGGUGGAGUGGGCCAUGUCUGCUCUCCUAAAUCACCCAGAGAAGAUGGAGAAGGCGAGAGAAGAGAUUGACAGAGUAGUCGGAAAGGAUCGCCUGCUUCACGAGUCGGACUUGCAGAAGCUUCCAUACCUGCAAAACAUCAUAUCCGAAACGCUGCGCUUGUUCCCAGCGGCGCCGAUGCUGGUGCCGCACGAGGCCUCGUCCCACUGCAAGAUUGCCGGCUACGACGUGCCACGUGGCACGAUCUUGAUGGUUAAUGCGUGGGCCAUUCAUCGGGACCCUUCGGUCUGGGACGACCCGGAGAGGUUUGAGCCGGAGCGGUUCGAAGGUCGGGAGUUGGGGCCACCAAAGAUGCUGGCGUUUGGAAUGGGGAGGCGGGCGUGCCCGGGUAGCGGGUUGGCCCAUCGGGUCGUGGGUCUGGCGCUGGGGUGUUUGAUACAAUGCUUCCAUUGGGAGCGUGUGGAUGAGAGAUUGGUGGAUUUAAGUGAAGGGAAAGGGGCGAGCAUGCCUAAGAAUGUGCCAUUUGUGGCCAAAUGCAGAGCAAGCUUUGUGGGCCAAAGACUUCUUGGUGUGUGAGUGGCUCUAUUGCUUUUUUGCAUUUAGGAGACAUUUGUUCGUAUUUUUUCAAAAAAAAAAAAGGUUUGGCUUUCGUAGUCGGUUUUUAUUGUAGUAGCGUACGUAAUAGAUGGUGUGAGAUUAAAGUAUCUACCUUCCUUAUUAGUUGAAAACUGUUUAAUUAACGGUUCUUUAGAAA